AUGGACAUCGUGCCGUUCACAACGGCCACGGGCAACAACGUGGACGGUGGUAUUGGUGGUAGACAGGAGCAGGAAGCGAACCAGUACUUCUUGCAUUUGUUGCAGGAGAAUACUCAGGUGAACUUGUUCUUGAAUGACCCCCGCAUUCAAAGUGCCUUGGAGCUUCGCGCGGAACAAAGACAUCGAUUUGCAUUGGACAACGUGUACGCCGAAGCCAACGCAUACAUUGCACACCUAGAGGCAACUGCGGAUGCGAAUCAUCGUCAACAGCUAGCAUUUGUGAGCCAAUCCACGCACCUGUUGGUGGGACAGCUACACAACGAAGUACGAGUGCUAGAGACAAUCGCCCGAGCAGAACGACAAUCAGCCAACGAGCUGCAGGCACAGCUGGCACGCGCACAAAGGGAAAGUCAUGAUGAAAGGUCUAUGGCCAUGCAGUUUGAUGCACAUCGAUCCGAGCUGGAAGCAGCAGCACGCACGCUCACUGCGGAAAACAGACAGCAUGAACGCCGUUUCGCGGAAUUGCGCUCAAGCAUCGAAGAAAACCACAGUGAGAUGAUUGCCUUUUUAGGGUCUGAGUUUGAGGAAAAGCUUCAAUGGGAAGAGAAUGAAUACUACCAUAGGCUAACCUCUGAGGCACAGCAGUACGAUAGCUUGGUUGACGACCUGCAGGAUCGGAAUGCGGAGCUUAUAGCUGAGGUCGACUCACUCAGGACUGUCUUGUCGACAGCGGAGAGUAGCCCACCGCAAGGUGGUGCAGUGCCGGUGAAAGUUGAUCCCAGUGAGAGCUCCAAGCUUCAACCAAGCCCACCGCAAGGUGGUGCCGCAGCGACAAGCCCUGCUACGCUUUCCAGCGUGGGAAGUGCCCACGAGGUGAUAAGCGGAGGUAAAGGCGGUAAAGGUGGGGAUAAGAAGGACACUUCCAAGAUUCCUUGCAUCUUCUACCCCAAAGGCACCUGCAAGAACGGUAAGAAUUGCCCAUUCAUGCACAAGGAUGCCGCCCCCUCUGUCCCGGCCAAAGGCGAUAAGGCUGGCAAGGACGGGAAGAGAUCGCCCUCCGGCAAGCGCAGGCGACCCAGUAAGAAGAGGCCAAAGAGUGAGGAUAAGCCAGCGGCAUGCUGUCUCUCCCUCACAGCCACCCUCACGGGUGAGCCAUCGACUGAUGCUGGGAAAGUCUACGCAGUAGCAGCCCGCAAGGGCCCUGCCGGAAAGCCCCGAACCAGAAAGGUCCAGUUCCUAAGACCAGAGAUCAUUGACAUUCCGCCUGAAGGUGAAGGUUGGAGCUUCGUUCCAGCCAAGCACAAGUACGAAUUCAGGUACAAGUCUGCGGAACUAUGCCCACCAUCAAUUCCAGAGGACACCGAAGAAGCUUUGCAGAAUGCCCGUGUCGGGGUAGAGAAGGAUUCUGCACGCACUGCAAAGAAGCAAUUCCCCUGCCCCAACUUGCUGCAGCGGACCAUUGAUGGCAUGCUUAGCGGCAAAGUCCUCAGUCCAGCUGGCGCGGCAGAAGAUCCCAUCGAAAAGAUGGCGAAUUGCAUUCCUCCCAUUCCUGGGGUGGAAACGAGACAACUGCUAAAGGCAGGUUGGACGGUCAUCAACGGCAGCCCCGAUGACGUGUGGUCUUUGUUGGAGGAUUCAGUCAACAUUGACGAAUUGGACGGUAUCUAUGGGGAAGCGCAAGCCGACAGCGAUGUCGAGCCAUGCACCAUGCCAAAGUCUAAGAAGGACGAACAGCUUAGUGAAGACCUGGAUGAAAUGUUCCCAGAGCUAUUUGGUCCUGAUCGUGAUAAAGAUCCUCCGCCGAAGGACGCGAAAGAAGCCACCCGCAAGGGUGAGUCAAAGUCUGAUUCCCGUGCAGCAUUGCUUGAUGAUGUUCCGUUCUCUGUGAAGCAGAAGCUGAAGUCCAGCGCAGCAGUAGCAGCGCAAGAACCACCGUAUGGUUAUGCGUGGAGUGGGGAAUGUCAGGUCAAAAAGAACAACAAGAACCGCCCCAACGCUAUCGAUCAUACUGCAUGGAAGACUAUGUCGAAAAGACAAAGAGCAACAGCGAUUGCAGAGCAUGAGAAGAAGCUACAUGAGGAGAAUGAGGCACUGUACCGUGAAGCUGUAAAGGUGGAAUGGUGGGACGGCGAAACCUACUUCGACCUCGCAGGCCGGGAACAGUCUGAUUUCGAGCUGGCAGUUGCAGCUGCCCGCAAGGGCAAGCCGGUUCGUAACAAGUCUGAGGCUAAAAAGGAGGCGAAGCAGAGCAAGUUUGUUACCUUGUCGCAAGACACGAAAGAGAAGCCCGGUGCAAUGACCAAGCCAGUCGACAACAAGGUUUCGGUAGCAGCAGCUCCGGAUGCAGCAAAGAUUGUCGAGGACUUUGCUAAACAAUCGUUCGAGGCUAACGAUUACAGCUUCAAGACCUUCGAGAAGCUAGCCCGCAUCCACACGGAUAAGUACAAUCAGAAAGAAUCGUGCAACCUGACGUUCUCCUUCGGUAACUAUACAGGGGGGAUGGCAGCCAUCGUUGUGAGCGACGAGUUCUGCAGGGUCAACACCUCCGAAGCAGACAGGGCUGGAGUAACCAAGGCCAUGAAAACCAUUCUCCAAUCCGCCGCCCUCAACAACGAUAUCAUUUCGCUAGGCGCCGAUCACGAGAGCCAGCUCUUGGAGUCGGCGUACAGCUGCGUAUCCACACAAUGCGCGGCCGGGAAGAACAGACGGGGAGUGUUCGUCAAGGCCGACUUGGAUGCGGAAGUGAACAUCGCAAGCAUGACGCUGGGAUGGGCACAGACUCGCUACACUAUGUGUUGGGGCAAAACCUUGGCGUGGAUUGUCUGGCAGGUCGAGGAACACGUCAAAGAGCUUCGGACCAACUAUCCGGACCACACCAUCGACGUGAUUUGCUGGUGGUGUGGGAACGAGAUCUCCGGCCAGUGGGGCUGCAUUCCCACGCGGCUUGGACCGGGACUCGCCUACAGAGAUCCCAAUGUCACAACGGAGACCGUCGCCCGGAAGGUGAGAAGGGCAGCAGAUGUUUUAGCCGCCCUCGCGGGCGAGCCGGACAUUGGUUUUGUGAAGGUGAUUGGGCAGGUGGAGGCGGACUUGUUCCAACUCCACUCAGCAUACAACGACUUCAACGCCGCCAUGUUCGAGGAGUUCAGACAGCGCGGUCUGCAAGUGCAGACUGCGAGCUCCUUGGUCGAAAAGCUGGAAAUGUAUGACAGCUUUCACGCCAGUGAAGAUCCUCGCAACCGCGAGUUAUUCCAAACCUACUUGCAUGCCACUUUCAAUGCAAGCAGGAGUGAGUGGCUUGCCCAGAAAAUGACACCCUGUGUCAGGGCUCUGCUUGCUCGCUAUGAGCACUUCGAGACUGGCUCCGGUGCCAACAACCCGGUGCUCGAGGAUGUCUUCCAGCAGUGGCGUGCGGAGAAGGAUCAGCUCAUGAACCCGAAACAGGCGAAGCCAAUGCCGGUUACCCAGGAGGACAAGAUGUGGGAAGCCCCGGAUGCCGCUGACGCAACCGACGUCACCAAGAUCUCCGAGGGGCCACCCAUGGAUAAAGCCAUCCGCAAGGAUGUGCCAAGGAUCGGUGCAACCACUGAUGUGAGUGCUGUUGCGGAGUGCGUCAAUGACAUUGUCACUCAGGACGCAGAUGGUAAGGUAUCCUACAAUACCCCGGGCACGGUGGAGUUGGUUGAUGAGGGUGACCAAGUCGACCCCAUCCCAUCAUCGAUUGGCAGAGUCAUAGAGCCCGCGGCCCCCAAGAAGACCAAGAAGUCUGACCGCGAUGAGGACGCCAUGCGAAGGCUCAUGUUCAUCGAUGAAAGCGCCCCGCAAGGGGCUGCCACUGUGCCGGAGCUUCCGAAUGAGUACUUCUACAACGGUGCGAAGCACUUGAUGAAGCCCUUCAAUCCGGAGGACAUUGUGGGAGACAGGCACGACUUCCCUGCACUGAUCUUUGACCGUGGGUGCUGGACAGACGUUGAUACUCUGCUCCAGGUCUUCAACACGGCACGGAAUGCACGCUGGGGCGUGAGGCAGCUGCUACGCGCAGCGAAAGCCGAUAACAAGGGACGGAUCAGGCUUUUGGGCAUCGAUGUCCCCAUGAAGGACACCCUGGGCCAGCCGCUAUUCCCUGUGCGUGUGAGAAUGGCCCAAGGGCACAACUCCAAGCUCAUCGGCAAUAACCCGGACGCGGACUUCUUCCUCGCGACCAGGUUCUACAGCGGAUUGUCCGAGUACGAGGCCGACCUGCAGAGCAGCGUCAGGGGGGUCACCGUACUCUCCCGCGAGGAUACCCCCCCGAAGCUCUUCCACCGCACGAACGAGAAGGGGAUGAAGGGGAUCCUCCGCGAUGGCAUGAUCGCCGGUUCCGCUAGGUCGGACAGGUCACACAAUUACCUGUCUCCAUACAAGUUGGACGACACCCACUACAAGAGUGGAAUGCGCUCCAACCAGCCGAUUGAGCUGACGAUAGAUACACAGCGAGCAAUCGCCGCUGGGUGUGUCUUCUUCGUCACGGAGACUGACGGCGUCCUCACACGUGACAAUGUGCCGCCCGAUUGUGUGCUAUCCGCCGUCGACACCAGCAAGAAGAACCUCCCGCUCUAUGUCGCCGAGCACAAAGAAGCCGCCCGCGAGGGUGAGCCAGAGCGCAUUUUCCGCGCCAAGCGCGACUACGAGGAGGCUGCAGCAGCAAGCUCAUCAUCGGCACCGCCUCCAAAGCAGGCGGCUAUCGCUCCCAAAGCGAUUGCUUCAAAGAAGAUGCCGAAGGUGGCUUCCAAGCCCGCCGCAAUCGCCGAAAAAGACGAAAGCAUGGACUUGGAUGAAGCCACCCGCGAGGGUGAGCCUGCUGAUGAUGCUGGUGGAUUCGCUCCUGACGAAACCGAGGUUGAGGUUGAGGUCGAUGAGGGCGAUACGACGGAUGCGGGUGAGGAUGAGCCAUAUCCACUUGGCUCACACCCAUGCCGUGACUGCGCAGCAGUUGUUGCCAAUGGCAUGCUGUUCUGCCUCCGUUGCAAGGCUCCCCAGACGGACGACUCCAAAAAGAUCACGAAGCGAGUCUUUGAGAAUUCGAGACUUCGCCAGCGCCUUCUUGCCACCGCUGCAACCGGAGCCCAGAAGCCCAUCGACGACCUCCUUGCGAGCGACCUUCGAGGCCUGGGCGAGGGACCAAAGAAGCGUGGUCAGAUGAGCGCAGAGGCUGCUGCCAUUCGUGACGCCAAAGACCGAAAGAUCAGGGCCGCAAAGUUGAACUUUGACACCGUGUCGGAUCGCUUUGAGAAGGACGCGCAGUUCAACGUGAGGAUGAUGCAAGAGGGCCGCAACUUCGAGGACAUGCAGAAAUUCGAUCACCUGUCGAACGCUGUGCUUCCCGAUCCAGGACGCAGCGAUGAGCAGCGCUACUUGCGUGCCGGCUCCCAUUAUGGUGGUGGCAAUGUCCCGCCUGCGAAGUUGGUCUAUUAUGCCCACUGCGAAGUGGAGCCGUUGAGGAACUUGCGGUUUAUCGACGAUACCGCGGAUGUCCCCAUCGGCUUGACCUACCUCGGUGCAUUCCUCCCUCCGCGACUCUACGCUGAGGUGGCAGCAGUGAACGACGCUGCAAAGAGAAUCCUGACUUUCGAUGGCGAGGUCUAUGUGUCGGCUACCACAACUGAAGGCAUCACAACUGAGAUCGGCCAAAUUCUUACUGAUAGCCUCCGUAGUGCUCAGUACCAGACGGACCAAACCGAACGUUUGGCAGAGCGCAACCGCCAGGCUGCAGUCCAGAACCGCCCAUCCCAAAAGGGACGUGGUCGCGCGACAGCACCAGAGCCGUUGUACAGAGGCUAUACUCAGGCCCAGUGGGACGAGUACUAUCGCCAGCGCCGUGGAGGUUACACUCAGGCCGAGUGGGAUGCAUGGAACCGCACCCAUAGGCGCUGA